ACGCGACAAUGCAUUUACCUCAUGUGGAACGCCAUCUUUCUUCAGUGCGUAUCGCCUUCUGAUGUCGCCGUCGCCGGAAAAGCAGGAGAAAAGAUGGUCCAACGACUGAUCGAGAGCAAGCUUAAGAACUUGGCCAAAGUACGUCUUGACGCAGAGAAAAAGAUUGCAGAAAUGCGAAUGAAACGCGAGACGAUGCUGUCGCGGCAAAAGGUAAAGAAGACAGGGUACUCGGACGACGAAGUGAACGAGAUCCUUCCGCUUUAGUGGGCAGUGCGCUGGAUAAGUGACGGAGGUAUCCGCAUUUACGCAUCUUAGCUUUGAUGAGCAGUACAUGCAGAACGUAUUGGCAUUUGGAAGCCAAAAAAUAACCAUUCAACGAUCAUGAGUUUUUUUGGAUACCCUGAAAUUAUUCCGCAUUCUUUUUAGGAUCAGCGAUGAUGUGGUCGUUAAAGC